AUGUGGUGCAAAUCACAGGAGACCAACGACCACUCGGGACAAGCCAUCUCAGAAGAUGAUAUCAACUUCGGGGUCCUCGUUCUCCGAGUCAGCCUUCUCAGUAUCCAGAAUCUGCCGCAUUCAAAAUAUCCUACCGCUGGAGUAUUGAGUACUCAUCUCGAUCACUUGGAGCAUUGGUUUGUUACGCUCGCCGACGAACUCGGGAAUUUUCAAGCACUUGAAAGAAAACCGUCGAUUGUCACAGUUCAGCAUAGAUUCUACCAUGUGUGUUACUUGCAGAAUUACGCCAAGGUUCGGCCUAGUUGGGCGGUCUUGAGUGCUGCUGUCAAGGAUGCACGUGAGCUGGGCCUACAUAUGAAAGAUCCGGGUAUCUCCUUGAGUGAUUUGGAUAUGGAGCUUCGACGCAGAACGUUUUGGAACCUUUAUGUCUGGGAUCGAUAUAUGUGCACCUUCUUUGGCCUUUGGCCUCUCAUCCCCGAGGGUUAUUUCGAUAUCGACCCACCCCACGAUGAUCUACAAGCAUUGACUAUCACGCCCUAUAUCCUCACUCCAUUCACCGACCGGGUGUUCCAUAUCAAAUUGGCUCGGUACCUCACCGCAUUUAUGAGCCCACCUUCUUGGAAAGACGAUCAACAUGCACCAGCGGUGGUAGCCGAAUUCGCACAGCGGUUUCAAGAAGUGAUCAUUGACCCGCUACCACCCGCAUAUUGGCUUGAGAAUCCAGAUACGACUUGGGAUGUUGCUGACACGGCAAUUCCUUGUAAGAGAGAAUAUCUUCAUCUAUCCAUCCACAGUACGAAGGCUUCGCUCUACAGGGCCUUUGCAGAUCCAUGCAAUCAUCUCCACCGGGAGACGAAUACACCACUCAAGCAUGGCACUGACUUGCUCACCCUUUCCCACCGUCGAGCACUCAUGGAUGCUACAUGUAAAGCGAUCUCCUCUAUUACCAAGCUCUAUGCAUUGACGGGCGACGAAGAGGGCGGAGCUGCAGAAAGGCUUUUUAUGCUGCCAACCUGGCUGGUCGACGCUUUGGCUUGCCUUGGAGUCUGCUUACUUUCUGUUCAAGCCGAUGAGGGAAAACUCGCAGAAAAGGGCUUGCAGAUCAAUCUCGACCAAGGACUACGAUCCAGUUUCGCCAUCUUCUUCAAUGGUUUUGCUCUACUCUGCCAGCAAGCUCCUCAGUAUGGCUUGGCUAAGAGGGGUAUGAAAGUUCUGGAGAGUUUGCAUGACAUUCUACAUGCUUCACCCAGUCGUGCAGUUCGGCUUGAUGCGAAUGAUGGCGAGACAAUCCCUCUAGGAGCCUUUAGUAUAGGCCAAGCUGGAGGGACAAGCUUCCAGCUCGAGCAUGCACUGGUGUCCCUGCAUAGUCGUGGCGGUGAGAAAUCUCAUGGUCGCAAUUCGACGGCCCUGCCAGAGUGGCUGCCCAGUUUCUUGGAAUCGCCUGGUCGAUCCUGGCUAUUCCAGGAUGGUGCGUUUUUUGGAAAUCUGUUAGCCUAG